UAUUCCAUUUCCCCUCAUAUUCAUGCGGGAAAUGAAUAACGUGUGCAUUAACUUCAUACCAAAACACUCAUUUGUUUUUCUAAAUACAAUAAGAAUAAGGAUGUCUCCCUCUUUCUCUUUUCCAUCUAACGUUCUUCAAUUCCAAUCUCACUAGGGUUUGUUUCUAAACCUCCCGAAUACGUCAAACUCGAGAAAGUUCUCUGCUUUGCUUCAGCCCCAUUUGCAGAAGCCAAAGAAGAACACAAAAAAGCUUUUUUAAACAAAAAAGAAUGCUAGCUGCUGCUGCUUCAGCUUCUCGGCACCUUCUUCAACGCGAUGCCAACAUCGGUGUUUGCAGUGGCAGUGGCAAUCGAGUUCGCUCUCUUUUAACUGUUUCUGCCAUCACCACAAUAUACCCAAUUCGCACAAAAAUAUGUCACAGUUACGGUUAUGGAAUCAGUUUCAAUAACCCAAGACACACAAAGUGCCCAAGUUUGCUUUUUGCUGUAAAGGGGUUCCUGUCUGAUUCAUCAUCUUCCAGUUCUCCACAUGGCAGAGUUCCCAGACCUCACUUACCACUCCCUAGUUCAACUGUGGAUGGGCGAGCAUUGUUCUCAACUUCAACUAAAGCUGAUGAUGGAAGCCAAAGUCAAAGCCAAAAGGCUGCUUCUUCCACCAUUGCUAAACCAUCCCCACCUCCGGGUGGGCAAGUUGCUGAUGUGAAGAUCCUUCGUACACUUGCUAGUUACUUGUGGAUGAAAGAUAAUCUCGAAUUUCGGUUUCGGGUUGUUGCUGCAUUGGGUUUGCUUGUUGGGGCAAAGGUCUUGAAUGUUCAGGUUCCUUUCUUGUUCAAGCUUGCAGUUGAUUCGUUGACGACUGCCACAGGGAGUGCUGGUGCUAUUGCUUCAAAUUCAAGUGGGCUGGCUCUUUUUGCAACCCCUGUGGCAGUGUUGAUCGGAUAUGGGAUUGCCCGUUCAGGAGCUUCUGCUUUCAAUGAACUGCGGACCGCUGUAUUUUCUAAGGUAGCACUGCGAACAAUUCGAUUAGUAUCAAGGAAGGUCUUCUCACAUUUGCAUGACCUUGACCUACGGUAUCAUCUAAGCCGAGAAACUGGUGCAUUAAGUAGAAUAAUUGAUCGUGGUAGUCGUGGAAUAAAUUUCAUUCUCUCCUCUAUGGUGUUCAAUGUAGUUCCCACCAUAUUAGAGAUAUGUUUGGUAUCAGGUAUACUGGCCUACAAAUUUGGAGCUCCCUUUGCGUUAAUUACUUCCUUAUCAGUUGCUGCUUAUGUUACUUUUACACUGACUAUCACACAGUGGAGGACUAAGUUCAGGAAAGCCAUGAAUAAGGCAGAUAAUGAUGCUAGUACAAGGGUUAUUGAUUCACUUAUUAAUUAUGAGACUGUCAAAUAUUUUAAUAAUGAAGUUUAUGAAGCUGAUAACUAUGACAAGUACCUAAAGAGGUAUGAGGAUGCUGCUCUGAAAACCCAACGCAGUCUAGCUUUGUUGAACUUUGGUCAAAAUGUUAUAUUUAGUACUGCUCUUUCAACAGCAAUGGUGCUGUGCUCUCAUGGGAUCAUGAAUGGCUCGAUGACUGUUGGUGAUUUGGUGAUGGUGAAUGGGCUUCUCUUCCAACUAUCUCUUCCACUCAAUUUCCUUGGUAGUGUUUAUCGUGAGACUAUACAGAGUCUGGUUGACAUGAAGGCCAUGUUUCAGUUACUUGAGGAAAGAGCAGACAUCAGGGAUAAAGAGAAUGCAAAGCCUCUAAGAUUCAACGGGGGGAGAAUCCAAUUUGAGAAUGUACAUUUUAGCUACCUCACAGAAAGAAAGAUACUAGAUGGAAUAUCACUUGUUGUGCCAGCUGGUAAAAGUGUUGCAAUUGUUGGGACUAGUGGAAGUGGAAAAUCAACCAUUCUUAGAUUGCUAUUCAGGUUCUUUGAUCCUCAUUCUGGAAGUAUAAAAAUAGAUGAUCAAGAUAUUCGAGAUGUAACCCUUGAGAGUUUGCGGACAUCCAUUGGUGUUGUUCCACAAGAUACUGUACUUUUCAAUGAUACAAUAUUUCAUAAUAUUCACUAUGGUCGGCUUUCUGCAACAAAAGAGGAGGUCUAUGAAGCUGCUAAGCAAGCAGCAAUUCAUGACACUAUCAUGAGUUUUCCUGAUAAAUUUUCUACUGUUGUGGGAGAGCGAGGGCUCAAGUUAAGUGGUGGUGAGAAGCAACGUGUUGCCCUAGCUCGUGCAUUCUUAAAAGCACCUGCAAUACUGUUGUGCGAUGAAGCUACUAGUGCUCUUGACAGCACAACAGAAGCAGAGAUUUUAAGUGCGUUAAAGUCAGUAGCACGUAAUCGGACUUCCAUAUUCAUUGCUCACAGGCUUACCACUGCAAUGCAGUGUGACGAGAUCAUUGUUUUGGAGAAUGGGAAGGUGGUUGAGCAAGGACCCCAUGAAGUGCUCUUAUCAAAAGCAGGAAGAUAUGCACAGCUGUGGGGACAGCAAAAUAACACGAUUGAUGCAAUUGAUACAGCCAUCAAGCUGGGUGCAUAAAAAUGAUAAAAGCCUCUCCCUUCCUCUUGGUGAGAAAAAGAAAAAUUCAUAAUACAAUGUGAAUAGCGCAUGUAUUUAAUUACAAUUUUGAACUUUAGUUAGUGAUUAUUGUUAUAAGUUUUCUUUAGCCUAUGUUACAUUUUGUGUUGUUAGAUUGACCAAUAUGAAUGCAUAGAUCAUAUGCCGGGUCAUACAUCAGGGAAAUAUCAAUUUGCGUUUCAUGGUGAUGAAUUUUGAUAAAUUCUUUGUACCCACAUAUGCAAAGUCCUCGGUGUAAACACUGCUACACAUCAGUCCAAGAUGAAUGAGGUUGGAUGAGCUUUCUGCGGACUAUUGUUGGAAUUUGAUUAUAGAUUGUGGAGUAUGUAUUGUUCCAUAAACUUAAGCACUUUAGAAGCGAUUUCUUGUACAUUUUCUUUCAAGCACUUUUGUAGUGAUACAGUAUUCUUGAAAAAAAUGCUUUUCUGCUUAA